AUGUCGCAGGGAACGCAGCCCGGUGAGCAAUUCCCUCGGGCGACGGUACGGGAGCGCAUCGAGGAGGCGUUAAGCGUGGUGGUAAAAGACGGAAAACCCAUCCUAGUGGCGACUGACAACCACCUGGGGUUCAUGGAGAAGGACGACGUGCGCCGCCACGACUCCUUCACUGCCUUUGAGGAGAUCUGCAAGCUCGCCCAGUCGCUGCAGGUGGAUUUCCUGCUGCUGGGCGGGGAUCUGUUUCACGACAACAAGCCCUCGCGCGCCACGCUGGUGCGCACGAUCGACAUUCUGCGGCGCUACUGCCUCAGCGACAACCCUUGGGCUUUCUACGCGACUCACAGAUGCUGCACUAUGCUGUGUGGCCCUGUGCAUGUGCUGCCAUGCUGCCAUGCUGCCGUGCUGCGUGCGUGUACUGCCGUGCUGCCAUGCUGCCGUGCUGCGUGCGUGUACUGCCGUGCUGCCAUGCUGUCGUGCUGCAUGUGUGCAUGCUUGCUUUGUGUGGUGCAUGGCAGGUUCGGGCAUGUGAACUACGAGGACGAGCACUACAACGUGGGCAUGCCCGUCUUCACCGUGCAUGGCAACCACGACGACCCCGCUGGCAUCGUCACGCUGAGAGAAGCGCUGAGAGAAGCGCUGAGAGAGGCGCUGAGAGAAGCGCUGAGAGAAGCGCUGAGAGAAGCGCUGAGAGAAGCGCUGAGAGAAGCGCUGAGAGAAGCGCUGAGAGAAGCGCUGAGAGAAGCGCUGAGAGAAGCGCUGAGAGAAGCGCUGAGAGAAGCGCUGAGAGAAGCGCUGAGAGAAGCGCUGGGAUGGGCGGUGGGAGGGGGACGGUGGGAGGGGCGGUGGGAGGGGCGGUGGGAGGGGCGGUGGGAGGGGGACGGUGGGAGGGGCGGUGGGAGGGGCGGUGGGAGGGGCGGUGGGAGGGGGACGGUGGGAGGGGCGGUGGGAGGGGCGGUGGGAGGGGUGCUUGCUGCGGAUGGCAUGGGAUGGACGCAUGACGCGGAUGGCAUGUGGAUGGGAAAGGGGGGAGACAACCUAUCAGCGGUGGACAUCCUCUCGUCAUGCAAUCUGGUGAACUACUUUGGCAAGUCCAACAUGCCCGAGCAUGACGCCGCGCAGAUCACCCUGCACCCCGUGCUGCUGCGCAAGGGCGCGAACCGCAUAGCGCUGUACGGGCUGGGGUACAUGCGGGACGAGGGUGCCAACCGCAUUGCACUAUACGGGCUGGGGUACAUGCGGGACGAGCGGCUCAAGAUGAUCAUGGAUGUGAGAGGGGCGGGGAGAAGCAGAGGGCAGGGGGGCACGGCUGGUGGGACGAAGAGGGGGCGUGCGGGGACCGCGAAAGGGGCGGGAGCACCAUCACCCCCCUUCCCCUCCUCUCUCCGCACUGCAGGCGAGGCAGAGCAGAACCCGCAGGGGCUGCAGUGGAUCCGACCGCACGAGGCUCUCCCCUCCACCUCCCCCCCAUCACCCUCCAUUCCCCCCAUUCCCCCCAACACCCCCAUCACCCCCAUCACCCCCUGUCACCCCCAUCACCCCCAUCACCCCCAUCACCCCCAUCACCCCCCUCCCCCUGCUCUCUCCACAGAACCCGCAGGGGCUGCAGUGGAUCCGACCGGACGAGCCGGGCACGAGGCGGUGCGCAUGACGAAUGUGAAGAAGGUGGUGACGGUGGACGAGUCAGGCUUCGCGUCCUUCCUGGACCUGGUGGUGUGGGGGCACGAGCACGAGUGCCGCAUCGAGCCUGAGGUGAAGUGGAAGUGGCUCAUGGGGGCGGCCUGUCAUGGAGGUCCGUGGGGGGGCGUGGGAGGGCAUGGGGUUCCAUGGCAGGCGAGGGGCGAGGGGCGGGGGGCUGGCCAGGAGAAAGAUGGUUGGGAUGGAGGGGAGGGGAGAGAUGCUGUGGAGGGGAGGGGAGGGAUGCUGUGGAGGGGAGGGGAGGGAUGGUGUGGAGGGGAGGGGAGGGAUGCUGUGGAGGGGAGGGGAGGGAUGGUGUGGAGGGGAGGGGAGGGAUGGUGUAGGGUGGGCGCGUGGGGUGGAGUGGCUCGGUGCAUGGAGCGCUGCGUCCUCUUUCUGUGCGGCGGUGCUCUACACGCGCAUAGGCGCAGGAUGAGCGUGCAACCGGCGCGAGCAAAGUACUUCAUAUCGCAGCCGGGGUCGUCGGUGGUGACACAGCUGGCGGAGGGCGAGGCCAAGCCCAAGCACGUGCUGCACCUGCGCGUCCAGAGCUGGAGAUGUGCCCCAUGCCUCAUCCCCGCGUUAUUCCUCUUCUGCCUCUCACCCUUACCAUUCCCACUCUCCUCCCUGCCCUCCUUGUUUUCUCCCACUCUUCCCUCUCCCCCCCCUCUCCUCCUUCCCCACACAUGCCAUGCCACCAUGCAACUAUGCAUUGACCGUGAUGCCGCCAUGCCGCCGUGCCGCCAGGGAAACCAGUUUGAGACACAAAACAUCGCCCUGACCACUCCACGCCCGUUCGAAUAUGCCGAGGGACCCGCAGGAGCUGGCGCUCUUCCUCUCCCCUUUCCCCUUCCCCGCUCUUCCUUGCCUGUCAUUGCCUUCCUUGAUCCUCCUCUGCCCUCGUCUUUCUUCCCUCCCCUCGUGCGCCAGGUGUCAUUGAGGGACGCGCAGGGCGUGAACGCCAGGGACCCGGAGGAGCUGGCGGCCUUCCUCUCCGCCACCGGCGGAGGGAAGGUGGAGAAGAGCCUGACUGCCGCCACAGUGAGAAGCGGGGAGUGGGGGAGGGAAGGGGACUGUUGCCACAGUGUGAGGAGAGAGGGAGGGGGAAGUGUGACUGCCGUCGGAGUCGGAGGGGAGUACAGGGCACAGGCGGAGCGCAUGAUAGCACAGGCGGAGCGCAUGAUAGCACAGGCGGAGCGCAUGAUAGCACAGGCGGAGCGCAUGAUAGCACAGGCGGAGCGUAUGAUAGCACAGGCGGAGCGCAUGAUAGCACAGGCGGAGCGCAUGAUAGCACAGGCGGAGCGUAUGAUAGCACAGGCGGAGCGCAUGAUAGCACAGGCGGAGCGCAUGAUAGCACAGGCGGAGCGCAUGAUAGCACAGGCGGAGCGCAUGAUAGCACAGGCGGAGCGCAUGAUAGCACAGGCGGAGCGCAUGAUAGCACAGGCGGAGCGCAUGAUAGCACAGGCGGAGCGCAUGAUAGCACAGGCGGAGCGCAUGAUAGCACAGGCGGAGCGCAUGAUAGCACAGGCGGAGCGCAUGAUAGCACAGGCGGAGCGCAGCUUCAGGGAGAGGCGAGCACUGGCUGAUUUGAUCGCUGCUUGCGCUCGUGACACAUUCCCCCCCUCUCACCUCUCCUCCCAUGCCCCAUGCGUGCCUCCCCAUGUGUGCCUCCCCAUGCGUGCCUCCCCAUGCGUGCCUCCCCAUGCGUGCCUCCCCAUGCGUGCCUCCCCAUGCGUGCCUCCCCAUGCGUGCCUCCCCAUGCGUGCCUCCCCAUGCGUGCCUCCCCAUGCGUGCCUCCCCAUGCGUGCCUCCCCAUGCAUACCUCCCCCCCCUCAGGUGCAGCGCAUGAUAGCCAAGGCAGAGAGCAGCUACAGGGCGAGGCGAGCAGCACAGCUGCCAGAGGGGCUGCUGGAUGGGGGCGGCAGAGAGGGGAGCAGGGAGGUUCCGGUGCCGCUGCCGCUCAUACGCAUUCGCGUGGACUACUCGGGCUUCUCCACCAUCAACUCGCAGCGCUUUGGGCAACAGUUUGUGGGCAAGGUGGCGAACCCUCACGACAUGCUCAUGUUCUUCAAGGCGCCCACCAGGAAGCCCUCCACCACCGUUGUGGAGGUGGGCGAGGAGAGGGUGGUGCAGCCGGACGAGCUCAAUCAGAGCAACAUCGAGCAGCUGCUCAGGGAUAGCAACGUGGCCACGUGGUGGUUGAUAGGCCACGUGGUGGUUGAUAGGCCACGUGGUGGUGGUGAUUGGAGGGCAGCAUGGAUGGCCCUGCUGUCCGCAUCCGCCUCCCUCCUCCAUCUGCUCAUGUGCCCCUCUCCAUCUGCUCAUGUGCCCCUCUCCAUCUUCCAUCGCUCCACUCCUCUCCCGCUCCAUCCUCUCCCCCUCCAUCCUCUCCCCCUCCAUCCUCUCCCCCUCCAUCCUCUCCCCCUCCUCACCCCACCUCCAUCUCUCACCUCUCCUCCCUCUUCUCUCCCGGCGCACCUUCCCCCCUUCCCUCUCCCGCCUUCCCCCUCAAAGAAACUGGAGGUGCUGUCGCUGGGGGGGCUGGCGGAGGCGCUGCAUGGGUUUGUGGGGCGCGAUGAGAAGCACGCCUUCUCCUCCUUCCUAUCCUCCUCGCUCUCCGACACCCAGGCGUGGCUGGUGAAGGAGCAGGAAGGGGCGGGUUUGAGGGACGAUGAGGACAUCUUGCGACUCGUGGAGCAGUGCGUGCUGCAGGCCAUGGAGAAGCGCGGUGGUGCGGCGGCGCCUGGCGAUGGCGCUGGCGAUGCAGGAGCAGCGCAGCCGAUGCCCGAUGUGAGUACAGUUGAGCGAGUGAGGGGCUCAUGCAUGGAGCAGGCGAGCGAGCGAGUGGGUGCAGGAUGUUGGCCAGCAGCAGCAGCCACGCCAGCAGGUGGGAGGGCAGCAGCGAGUGUGGGCAGCACCAAGGUGGCGAUGGAGGAGGAGGAGAUCGAGGACGACGACCUGCCUGCUCAAAACGGUCAGGGCAUGAUGGCAGCGCCACGUGGGGCUGGUGGCAUGGCGGCAGCACGUGGUGUGGACGAUGAGGACGUGGAGGAAGUGGGCCUGGGCUCCAGGGCAUCAGCAGCGCGAGCAGCCUCCCAGCGGCGCUCCGCCACUGCUGCCUCCCCCAUGAGUCAGCGGGAGGGGCGGGGAAGGGGACGGGGCAGAGGGGCAGCAGCUGCAGCAGCAGGGGGUGUAGGGAGGGGAAGGGGGAGGGGAAGAGCAGUGGUUGGUGGGUGGAGCAGUUUGGGUGUGUCAGGCGUUGGUACAGCAGGAGUGAGCAUGCAGAGUGACGGGGAGGAGAGUGAUGAGGAGGAGCAUGUGAGGCGUGGUGGCAUAGAGGAGGAGGAUGAUGAGGAGGAGGAGGAAGAGGAAGACGAAGAGGACGAGGAGGAGCAGAGGGCACGGGCAAAGCGAGCGAGAAGGGGUGUGGGAGGAGUCACGGGUGGCUUCAGCUUCACACCCUCGCAAGUGAGUGUGGAGGAUGCACCGUCAGCGUGGCAGCAGGUAUGGAAGAGCAAGGCAGUGAAGCCGAUAUGA